AAUUUUUUGUAUUUGGGUCUAUUUGAUGAAAUAUUCAAUGAUGAUUCCAUGCCAUGUUAUGCUGGUCCAUCUGGCGAUUUGCUUCACUGGGCUGCUGUCAUUGAAGGGCCAAAAGGAAGCGUUUAUGAAGGAGGAGUUUUCUUUUUGGAUAUCAAUUUCAGGCUUACGAAUUACCCUUUUGGUCCGCCUCAUGUAAAGUUUUUAACGCAAAUAUAUCAUUGCAAUGUCGAUGGCGAUGGAUUGGUGAAUCUUGAGAAAUUUUGGCCUGAGUGGUCUCCAGUGAUUUCACUUAAGCAAAUUCUUCAUUUGGUGUGUAAUUUAAUGAAACAGUGCGAUUUAGUAAAUGCGACGAAUAUUAGGAUUGCGCAGCAUUAUCUGAACAACAAAGAAAGUUUUGAAGCGAAAGCGAGGAAAUGGACAAAAAUAUAUGCUACUUGA